GUUGACUUUCGGUUCACAUUGGUUUUUGCCAGUUGUAAUCGCGAAACUAAGCAAUGUAGCUACACAAUUUUGGGCGUGAGUUUGCAACGAAAAUACUUAAGCGAUUUAAGUGAAAGUUUUAGCUGGCUUGUUGAUUUUAAUCCUCUAGAAUAAUUUAUUCUGUGAGAGACUUGGGACUGAUCACCCUGCAUUCCAACCCUGUGAGAAAUCUCCCCCCGGAUUACGGUUCGGCAUAGAGCAAACAUUUUUUUGCGUUUGUUAUGCUAGAGAGAGAAAGUCGGCAGAAAUUCGGUGAAAUAUUGUCUUUUUAGGGCAAAAACAAACAUAGUAAAUACAUUGAUGUGGUGGAUUGUGGGGAUCGCGACUUGUAGGGGGCGGAAUUGCCGCACAACUAUUCCAGGCGCCACCGUGCGAAACUGGAAGGGAUAGUCAGCUGGCCUCAGCGUCGCGACGCCGUAUAUGCCAGUCGACGUCAGGCGUUUGUUUGCUCUAUUUCGACGUCACUGUUCCGGUUCCGGUGUCGUUAACCCGAAACGUUCUGUUUUCGUCCAAAAUCAACGUUCCAAAGCUGCGAGCGAAACCACUGAAAAACUUUAUCCAGACGUUCCACGGGCUUCUUGUGCCACAGUGAAAGGACAUCAUGACAUGUUGUGAUGAGUAACGGUGUUUAGUGUGCGGUUUACUUUGACAUGACUUUGACUGGAUAAGGACAAAAAACGGACAAUGGAGCUGGUCCUGCUGGUGAUUUUAGCGUCCUGCGUUGCUGUCCAUCACUGCGGAAGCUCCUGGCAGGAGAACGUCAGGCCGAAGAUGUAUGUUCAAUUAGGGGCUGAGGAUGACGUUCAUCGGUUUUCCGGAAACGACACCCACACCGACUACUUCCGGUUGGUUAUGAGGGAUGGCGAGUCUCUUCUCGUCGGUGGCAGGAAUGUGGUCUACAAUCUGACGUUUUCCGAGCUAGGCGAACAACAGCGACUCAUUUGGUACUCAAACGAGCACGACGCUAAAAUGUGUGUAAUGAAAGGAAAGGAUGAGGAAAACUGCCAAAAUUACAUCCGAGUAAUGGCGAAAACUGCCCAGAGCCGUUUGUUACUAUGCGGAACAAACGCCUUCAAACCGAUUUGCCGUGAAUACAACGUUCUUAGCAGGAAUUACACGUUUGAGAAGGAAAAGGCAGGCCAGGCCCUCUGCCCUUAUGAUCCACGUCAUAAUUCAACGGCGAUUUAUGUCGAUGGCGACCUGUAUACGGGCACAGUGGCCGAUUUUAGCGGAAUGGACCCCAUUAUCUAUAGGGAACCGUUGCAGACCGAACAAUACGAUUCGAUGAGUCUAAACGAAUCAACGACGGAGCUAAUCGAUGGUAAAUACGGCGACGUUUCGGCCCAACUAAUCUAUGGCACGUUCACAACUCCCCCCAACAGUAUUUCGGGCAGUGCGGUUUGCGCUUUUAGUCUGCAGGAAAUCACCGAUACUUUCGAGGGAAACUUUAAAGAACAGGCAGCGAUUAAUACGAACUGGCUGCCAGUGAUCAGCAACAAAGUGCCGGAUCCUCGGCCAGGCCAAUGCCACAACGACAGCAGAACUUUGCCAGAUUUAACGCUAAACUUCAUCAAAACUCACUCGCUUAUGGACGAAAGUGUGCCGAGUUUCUUUGGACAACCGAUUGUAAUUAGAACCAGUUUUCAUGAAUGUGUGGCUCUCCAAGAUCCGUACUGCGCCUGGGACAAAGUCCAAGGCAAAUGCCGCUCCAAGGGACCAGGAAAAUGGGGCGAAGAAAGCUACUUCUUCCAAAGUGUGGCGAGUGGGGAGCACAUCGCUUGCCCGCCCCUUAAGAGUAAAGAUGCCGGAUACGUGGGGGGACUCAGCUCCAACCAGCCGAAAUUCAACGAGCACAUGCCCAACAAGGAUCAACCGGACGGCCAGAUUAUCAACAUCAUCCAGGAAAAGCCUUAUGAAAACAUCGGCCCAUCCGUAACAGCAACGGACGCUCUUCCCAAUCAAUACUCAGUGGAAACGCUCAUAACGGCUGUAGUAGCAGGCGCGGUUUCUGCCCUGGUAGUGGGAUUUAUUGCCGGUUACUUAUGCGGCCGCAAAUGCCAUAAAGAUGAAGAUGACAACCUACCAUACCCCGAUACGGAGUACGAGUACUUUGAGCAGCGGCAGAACAUGAACAGCCGAAUCACUGCCGAGCCGAAGCUGCUGCCACAAGAGGAAGUGACGUAUGCCGAGCCGGUGCUCGUGCCGCAGCCUCCUCCCAAAAACUACUCGCCCAAGAGCACCCUGAGGAAGGGCCCGCACCAAAACAAUGCCGAAACGUUGUUCCAGUUUCAAGAUGGCGGGUACAACGGCCGCGACAACUACAGAGGACGCGAUAACUUUGGUACCUUGAGGUCGCACCAGGGUGACAACUUCCGACGGCCCGACGGCUUUGCUACCACUCGCAGUGUGAAGAAGGUUUAUCUCUGAGAAAACAGUGAGGAGGGUGCGGGAGGCAAGCGCACCCAAGGCCAUCGGCAAGGUCACAGCGCGCUGCCCACCAGUGGCGGCUCGUCAAGCAGCCCCUCCCCGCCCUCCUCGACGCCCAGCCCCACUCCUCCUCACACUGCCUCUUUCAUUUACCGCGCUUAGCCCCAGCAGCGCUACGCCGGCCCGUUCUGGACCUAUUGGAGAUUGUACUGAGUCGGAGUUGCGCCGACUACACAACGCUCCAAGCGGAGGUAAUGUUGCUGUCAGAGGGUGGCGUUUUAUUGGCAAGUAGCAACGACAAUUGCCCAAGUUUUAACUAUCGUCCGGGUUUUUGAAGGGAAAAGAUGCGGAAAUCACAAAAAAAUAAUUCUCUACUUGGUCGAGCAAUGAAACGUUCGGCGUGCUUCGGGCAACGUGAAUUUGUGUCACUUUACUCCAAAGUAGCUUUCUUUCGUGUAUCUCUCGUCUUCCAAAUAAUUCUUCUGUUGUGUUUAAGAGCAUUAAUUAGUCGUUGACACAAAUGAGAACCGAGCGCAAUACAGGUACUUUGUUCCAAAUGGUAAUGUUUUGUUUUUUCAACAUUCAAAAGAGUGCUACUUUGUUAUUCUGUCCCUGCAAACUGGCGAUAUCGGGGAUCUCACGUAAUCCCCAAUAGUUGCUAUUCGGAACAAAGCCUGAUAUUGACCGACAGCCGGAUGAUGGCAACAGUACUUUCCCCGAAGAUGUAGAAGUAAAAAUUGAAGGUGACUUUCCACCAAAAAAAUGGUAGUCAUAUAGAAUUAGAAUAAUUUUUAAAUUUCAAAAUUAGAACUACUUAGAAAUUAGACUUGUAAUGAUUAUUAUCGCCGAAUGGUUUGGCACAGUUCCAUCAGUUUUUCGAGACUCACUGAAUGGAUCUGGGCUAAACUGGUCGGCAAUUCCUAAGAAACCAUAGAAUAUUGAGGCUCGUACUAGACGCACCUCAAACGACGUAAUCUCAAAUGAUUAAUAAGUGCUUCUUAUUGAUGUGUUAGAUAAGGAUACCAUGUAAAAUAGAUUGUUAUUAUUUUAGCAACAAUGUGAUUAGACUUGUGUCAAGUUCUUUCCUUUACUUGGUUGAAGAGAUGCCUAAUCAGUUGAUGAUUUCAAUGUUUGCCCGAAAACGUCCAGAUCGUACUAAAAAACUUUCCUAUUCUCACGCAUCUCAAGGAGUUUUCCUGCGUAACUGCGUCUUAGCUUACGGAAGAAGCAAAU